GUAAGUUCCUCCAAUGUUUCAAAGAGGAGGAAGGUAAGGCAAACACAGCCCUGAGAUAAGAGGGGGCUUUGAUUUCUCUAAUUUGCCCCUUGGUCAUUGUCUUCAGCUUCUCAAGCUCUGUCCUUCUAUGGUGGGUUUCUUCUGCAGCUUCUCCAGAUUUUACCACUGAUCAAUGCUCCAUAUUCUCAGGUUUCAGGUUUCAUCUUUGAUCUUGUCUCUCGCCUUUGCCUUUCAUAUGAUUAUGGGAUGCCUUAACAGCCAGCCAAAGACUUGAUCACCAGCCUGGUUGUGUGAUCAAAGCUUAGAAGAUGGCAACCUAGGAUCGUUUUUGUGUAUUUUCCAUACCUUUGAUUGUUAGCCUUGAGAUAUCAAGCAUUGAAGUAGGGAAUUGAAGUUCAUGGAAGAAUGGUCAACAUUCUCAAAUGGGCCUUCUUUAGAUUCCCUUGGAGUUAAAACAGCUGGUGAAUUUCUUGGAAAUGGUUGUCGUCUUGGAGAUGGUCAUGUUGAUAAUGGUGCUCCUCAUGGUAAACUUUCGCAAAAAUAUCUGUUCUAUCAACUUUACCCUCUUUAUCUGAAGGAUAAUUGUUCCCAAGCUGGUGCUCGGCCUUUACUGGUUUUGGUUGAUGGACAACAGCUCGAUUUGUAUAAACUCUUCUCCCUUGUGAAGGAAAGGGGUGGAUAUGCUGAGGUGUCGAAAAAUGGAUUGUGGGGUUCUGUGACCAAAGAAUUGGGUUUGAACCUUGAAGUUUACUCGCCAGUGAAAUUAGUGUACGAUAAGUAUCUGAAUGAUUUUGAAAGGUGGCUGAAGAAAAUUUUUGAAGAGAAGAUUUUAAAAAAUGGGAAUCAUGGGUGUGAUUGGGGUUUGGAGUGGUUGCCAUUGGAUAUAGAGAAAGAGUUCAGAGGCCUGUUAUGUCUAAAUACAAAGAACAAAGCCGAUGAUGAACUUUUCAAGUCAAAAUCAAAUAAAAAAAAGAAAAACACUGAUUUGGUUAACCACAGUAAUGGUAAUAAUCCAUUGGACACCAAAGAUCAAAAUAAUAAACCUGAGGAUGUCCAACACAUUGAAGGUGACAAUAAUGAAAAAUCCAGUAAUGGAAUUAAGGACAAUCCUGCAACCUUGGGUGCAGAAUGUGCUGACAAGGAGUGUAACCCUCUCAAACGCAAACGGGAUGCAUUCUCAGGCAUGCUAAACUGGAUGAAGAAUAUUGCAAAACAUCCUCUUUAUCCUUUAACUCAACCGAUACCAAAACCAUCAAAGUGGAAGGAGUAUAAAGGCCGGGACUUUUUUGGACAAUUUCUGAAGGCAAGAAAGCUUCUGUCACUGAGAAAGCAUGAAGAACCAAACAGUGGAUUGUCUUCUUUGCAGAAGCAGAAGAUGCAUCCUGCCAUGUUCGAGGAUCCUGUUGCUCUCGAUCGCCUUGCUACAGGAAAAUCAAGAUGCAGGGAAAGGCUGCCUUCCUCUGUUAAAUCUCGGUCAUGCUCUUGCUGCAAUCCAUGUUCUCACAAUGGAAAUACAUUGGCAGAAAAUUGUCCUCACGAGAAAACAACUGAAACUAUAGAUGUAUUGACUGAAAAAGAAAACGGUGAAUCAUCUGGGGACGAGUCUCAUGAAAAGCAAGUAUCUGUAGGCCCUCGUUUUCAAGCUGAAAUCCCUGAAUGGACUGGUGUAGCUUCCGAUAGUGACUCUAAAUGGCUGGGAACACGAGUAUGGUCUUGGAAACAUGGCACAGAACCUGCUACUACUGAAACAGAUGUUGGAAGGGGAAGACAAGAGAAGUGUAGCUGCGAACAUCAAGGUUCUGUUGCGUGUGUUAGAUUACAUAUCGCUGAAAAUAGGAUGAAAGUGAAGCUUGAAUUGGGUUCUGAAUUUUACCAUUGGGGAUUUGAUCGAAUGGGUGAGGAAGUUUCACUUCAAUGGACAACUGUAGAAGAAAAGAGAUUUAAGGAUAUCAUGAGAUCAAAUGUUCCCUCUAAAAUUAAAUAUUUUUGGAACAAUGUAUGCAAAUACUUUCCAAACAGGACAAGAAGACAGUUGGUGAGCUAUUAUUUCAAUGUCUUUCUCAUUCAACUAAGAACCUAUCAGAAUCGGGCGACCCCAAAGAAUAUUGAUAGCGAUGAUGAAGUAGAGUUCGGCUGUUUGAGCAAAGGUUUUGGAAUGGAAGCUGUCGAGGGUCCUGGUGAUGAUGAUUUCCUGGAGUGUGCUCUGAGCGAGCAGUACAUUGAUUUUGAUUAGACAAGAUUAGUGUAAAUUUGAUAAUUGGAUCUGAGCUACUUUGUGCUCGAGAAAGUUUUUUCCUGAGUCAGACUUGUAUAAGACAAACUUGUAUAAAACUCUUCCUCCAUGAUCACUGGUGAAUGCUUUUCUCAUACUAGCAAUUUUUUUGUACACUAUAGGGAGGUAGAUAGAGAGAAAAGAACCAGGUUGUGGAGUUUUUAGUUUUGGAACUUGGAAGCAAAUAUGGACAUGUGCUCCUGUCAUUUCUACUCAUAAUGAAGAACUUGCUGAGACUGAUAUUAA